AUGCAUUCACACACACAUAUUAUUUUUUCCACAAGUGUGAGAAAAAUUAAUAUACAAUUCGUGAAAAAAACAUUUUGUUCAUCAGCCAAGUUUUGCAAAAAUGUACAGUACUCAACCGCUUUGACAAAAUUGAACAGUUUGCAAAAUUUGAACCGUUUUGAUUUUCCCCCAAAGCACAGCAUCCUGCUGAUGCAAAGGAAGCACAUUUCAGAACAAAUAAUAAUUGACUCAAUAAGAAAAGCCAAAAAUGAACUAGAUAGGGGCUCGCUGUAUUCAUUACAAGAGUCAGUCAAUAGCAAUUGUAAUUGCUUGAAUGAAGAAAAAAAGGCCAAAUUCCGAAAGGCCCUUGAUGAAUUAAAUGCUCUGCUAACUGUUAAGUCGAACUUGACGGAGGAGAAAAUUCAAAUAUUAACUGAAAAUAAUUCCAAUGGGUAUAAAAAUAAAGAAAUUUUGGGUCUAUUCAUGACGGGUUUUUUCUUUGCCAUAGGUUCAGUCACCUACUCUGUUUUUUAUUUGGUGAGUGUCUACGGUCUUUAUAUACUGCAUAAAGCCUCCAAGGAAAAUGAUGGCAAAAUUUACCUUGAAAGAAAAUUAAAUGAAAAUAAGGAUAAAUUGUUAACGAAUAAGAAAACUAUACAAACCAUUUUGUCCGCACUAGAGCAAGAUUUGAUAAAAAAUAAAUAG